GGGAUUAGGAUCGAUCUCCUUUUCGUACUAGAACAUAAAAAUACUGUUUUCAUUUUUGUACUACUCACUAGUGUACUGCAUCGUUUCUGGAUUUUUUUCAACCGUCAACAUUUUCUGCUUUAAAUUUCGAGUUUCAUUUCUCAUAGCUACGCAUAAUCUCAUCAGCAGAAAUGGGGAGCAGUGAGAUGGAAAUCGAGAGAGCGGAUUUGGAGGAGACGAGAGAAGUAGCGGAGGAUGCGAAGAGGAUUCCUCCAUGGAGAGAUCAGAUCACAGUUCGCGGAAUCGCAGCGAGUUUAUUGAUCGGAAGCAUCUACAGCAUCAUCGUGAUGAAGCUCAACCUCACUACAGGACUCGUUCCCAACCUCAAUGUGUCAGCCGCGCUUCUCGCAUUCGUCUUCAUCUCUACUUGGACUAAGCUUCUCCACAAGGCCGGUUACGUUGCAGCUCCUUUCACCAGACAAGAGAACACCAUUAUCCAGACCUGUGCUGUUGCUUGCUACAGCAUAGCUGUGGGAGGUGGAUUUGGGUCUUAUCUUCUGGGAUUGAAUAAGAGGACGUACGAGCUAGCCGGAGGAGGAGACACGGAGGGGAAUCCAACUGGGAGUUCCAAAGAGCCUGGGCUUGAUUGGAUGAUUGGAUUUCUGUUUGUUGUUAGCUUUGUUGGUUUGUUAGCUUUGGUUCCACUCAGAAAGAUUAUGGUUAUAGAUUACAAAUUACCUUAUCCAAGCGGAACUGCAACUGCUGUUCUUAUCAAUGGAUUCCACACUUCUAAAGGAGAUAAGAUGGCAAAGAAACAGGUUCAAGGGUUUACCAAGUUCUUCACGCUGAGUUUCGUGUGGAGUUUCUUCCAGUGGUUCUAUUCGGGCGGGGAGAGUUGUGGAUUCAUCAACUUCCCGACGUUUGGGUUGAAAGCGUGGAAACAAACGUCGGGUUCCAUCCAAGCACCUUCCUCUUUCUUUCUUGAUUUUGACAAGUUUGCAGCUGAACUGACGCCAUAUAUUGAAUCCUGCAGAUUUAUGUUUGAUUUCAGCAUGACCUACGUAGGAGCAGGAAUGAUCUGCUCCCACCUGGUGAACUUGUCCUUGCUCGUCGGGGCUGUGCUUUCUUGGGGCGUUAUGUGGCCGCUGAUAAGUAACAAGAAAGGGGACUGGUUUCCCGACGACAUCAAGGAGAGUAGUAUGAAGAGUCUAAACGGUUACAAGGUGUUCAUAUCGAUUGCCCUCAUUCUUGGUGAUGGUCUUUACAAUUUUCUCAAGACCCUAUUUUUCACAGCCAGAAGCAUGCAUUCUGCAUUCAACAACAAGAAUAUCAAAACAGGUGGAGAGGCAACUUUUUGUGAUUCUUGGAAUCUCUCGGUAUCUUUUGCUGACAAGAGAACUCUUUCUUUUUUCUCAGAAGACAAGAAUCAAAGCUUAGAUGAUCUUCGUCGGAACGAAGUAUUCAUACGAGACAGCAUUCCCAUUUGGGUGGCAUGUUUGGGGUACACGAUUUUCUCUGUGAUUUCCAUAAUUGUGAUCCCAAUCAUGUUUCCUCAGCUCAAGUGGUACUAUGUGGUGGUGGCCUACGUUCUCGCCCCAUCUUUAAGCUUCUGUAACGCUUAUGGAGCUGGUCUGACUGACAUGAACAUGGCAUAUAACUAUGGCAAAGUGGCUCUCUUCGUGCUUGCUGCAAUGUCAGGGAAGGAGAACGGGGUCGUUGCUGGACUAAUUGGGUGCGGUCUGAUAAAGUCCAUCGUCUCCAUAUCCUCUGACUUGAUGCAUGAUCUUAAGACGGGCCACCUCACCCUAACAUCGCCUAGAUCAAUGCUGAUCAGCCAGGGAAUCGGGACUGCCAUUGGCUGCAUAGUGGCGCCUCUCUCAUUCUUCCUCUUUUACAAAGCCUUUGAUGUGGGGAAUCCAGAUGGGGAAUACAAAGCCCCUUAUGCACUCAUAUAUAGAAACAUGGCCAUUCUCGGAGUUGAGGGUUUCUCCGCCCUGCCUCACCACUGCUUGCAGCUCUGUUAUGGAUUCUUCGCGUUUGCUGUGGCGGCCAACUUGUUGAGAGACACCAUACCAGAGAAGUUGGGGAAAUGGGUUCCUCUCCCUAUGGCAAUGGCGGUACCUUUCCUUGUGGGAGCUUACUUUGCGAUUGAUAUGUGUGUUGGGAGCUUGAUCGUGUAUCUUUGGCAUAGAUUUGAUAGCACAAAGGCCGGCCUCAUGAUCCCGGCCGUCGCAUCGGGUCUAAUUUGUGGGGAUGGAUUGUGGAUUCUCCCUUCCUCCAUUCUUGCCCUAGCCAAGGUCAAUCCUCCAAUCUGCAUGAGCUUCUUUCCCACAAAGACCUCCUGACAAACCAAUGUUAGCAUUAGUCCUAGUAGUAAUAACCCUUACAAUCAUUUUUGUCAGAUAUAUAAAUUAACAUCAAAUCACUGAAAUAAACUCGCAGUUAAUGUAAA